AAUUUCCUGACAUACACAGACUGAAAGAUGGCUCAUAACUCCAAUGCGACUCUCCCACUCUUAUUCAUCCUUAUUAUCAUGGCAUCAGGAACAAAAAUGUUUGCAAGAGCCAGAAAUAUUACCAUAGUGAAUGUGUGUAAAGAGACAGUAUGGCCUGGAAUAUUUACACGAGGUGAUGAUGAUAGUGGUGAAGGUUUUGCAUUGAAACCAGGCCAAUCUGCCUUCUACAAUGCCUCUGAUAAAUGGAGUGGCCGCAUAUGGGCAAGAACUGGUUGCAGUUUCAGCAACAGCACCAACUCUUGCCAAACAGGCGAUUGUGGCCCUUCCAUAAAUUGCACAGGACCAGGUAGUAAGCCAGUCACAAUUGCCGAAUUUACCCUCAGUCCCGACAUCGAUUUUUAUGAUGUUAGCCUUGUAGAUGGGUUCAACGUACCUAUAUUGGUUCAACCUCUCAGUGGUAAAGGAAAUUGUAGCAGGGCUGGUUGUGAUGGAGACUUGAGGCAAAGUUGCUCAUCUGAUCUUGCUGUUAAAGACAACGGGAAGGUGGUCGGCUGUCGUAGCGCAUGCGACCACUUUAACACUGACGAGUUUUGCUGUAGAGGCAUGUAUGGAGAUCUUGGCUCAUGCUCUCCUUCCAACUAUUCCAAGAGCUUCAAACAAGUGUGCCCUGCAGCAUCAAGCUAUGCAUUUGAUAACAAUUCAAGUGUUAUUACAUGUUCUGGGACAGACUAUAUCGUUGCCUUCUGUGCAGCAAGGAAUCAAACAGUGUGCUCUUACCAAGACAAUAAGCUUUCAUGUAAUCACCCGAAUGGCGCGAAGGCAUUCUCUCAGAACUGGUGGCUCCUCCUGAUGCUCGCGUUACCAAUGACAUUAAAUUAUGUUUGAGCUCCUGUUCAAUGUCCAUUUUGAAAUCUAAUGAAAUGUUUCCUGCUAUUCUUGAUACUCUUUCUCACACCUAAUCACUUGGAUGAUAUUCUAGUGUUAUUGCAGAAUGCUAAAAGGAAAUAAAACCAGGCACAAUAUUUUUCAUUUCAUUACUGAAAAUGUCAG